AUGGCGGGUAGUAACGGUAAUAUGGGGACGGAAGUGGCGUUCACGCGUAGAAAAGGGGCGUGGCACUUUUGGGCUAAUGCUGGAUGGACGGCGGAAGGAGAAGUCAUCCACACAAAACAGACAAACGGAGGCAUGGUGAUUGGCACUUGCAUAACUCGUGUUCUUAAUGUUUUAGAUGUAAUGCAGCUUGUUUUUUUCUCCCUUAGAUAUUUUCUAGGUGUAAAGAGAACACAUGGUUGGGCUUACCCAGAAAAAUACAAAGUACAAAAACAAAACCAACCCAUCACAACGAUUUUCAGAGGGGAGAGAGAGGAAGACAGAAAGAAUGAGUAUGAGUGGAGGUAG